GAACUCAAACUGUUCAUCAUUGAAGGCAUGUGCUUUCUCGUCUCGCUCUGCUGGCCUGCGUUUUCAUUUCUCAUUUGAAAUUCGAGAGUUUUGGAAGGGUUGACGCAAAAUGGAGUACCUACCUUCACCUGACGAAGGGACGACGGGCCCAGGAAAAAUAUUGUGUUGCCAAUGUGGAACACUUAUCGACCCAAAUCCUGCCAAUAUGUGUGUGCCUUGUGUCCGGACACAGGUUGACAUUACGGAAGGAAUUCCUAAACAGGGGACGCUAUCAUUCUGUAAAGGUUGCGAAAGAUAUCUUCAACCGCCCACCCAAUGGUUGAAAUGCGCCCCUGAAUCUCGAGAAUUGUUGGGUCUUUGUUUGAAAAAACUAAAGGGCUUGAGUAAGGUGCGAUUAGUAGAUGCUGGAUUUAUUUGGACAGAACCCCAUUCCAAGAGGAUAAAAGUAAAGUUGACGGUGCAGUCCGAAGUGAUGGGUGGUGCUGUGUUGCAGCAAGUUUUUACCGUCGAAUUCACUCAGAUAGCACAACUUUGUGAUGAUUGUCGUCGUGCAGAUGCUAAGGACUACUGGAAAGCACUGGUACAAGUGAGGCAAAAGGCAGAACACAAAAAGACUUUGUAUUACUUGGAACAACUGAUUUUAAAAUAUAAAGCUCACAAGAACACAAAUGGUGUUAAACCACAUCAUGAUGGCCUUGAUUUUUACUACCAAACCGAAUCAGGCGCAAGGAAGAUGGUUGAUUUUCUUGGACAGAUGCUCCCCUGUAGAUAUCAGCAUUCUAAAAAAUUAAUUUCUCAUGACACUCACAACAACACAUACAACUACAAAUUUACGUUCAGCGUGGAAAUGGUGCCAAUCUGUAAAGAUUCAAUAGUGUGCCUCCCAACAAAGCUUGCUCAUCAACUUGGUGGGAUUGGUCAAAUUUGCAUCGUUAAUCGUGUGACGAAUGCCGUUCAUCUGAUUGAUCCAACGACUGCACAAGUCGCCGAGCUUUCGGCAUCAAACUUUUGGCGUCAACAGUUUGGCACUAUCUGCUCAUGUAGGAAUCUUAUAGAAUUUGUAGUAAUGGAAGUCGAACCCAUAAUAAAGAGAACAAAGUUCAGCGGACAAGGAACAAUAUCGGAUAAGCACAUCCCGGCAGACGUCUACGUGGUGAAAGCAAACGCAAUGGGUGACACACCAGUUCAUUGCAGGAGCCAUCUAGGUCACCUGUUGAGCCCAGGAGACACGGUUCUAGGGUUUGAUAUGGGAAACACAAAUGUGAAUGAUCCAAACUUUGAGAAAUUAAAGCCAGAUGCAAUCCCGGAUGUAAUUCUCGUCAAGAAACACUAUCCAGAACAGAAGCAGAAGCGCAGAUGGAAGCUGAGGCACUUUUUGGAUAAAAUGGAUACAGAUAGCGUCAACAAGGACUACGAAGAUUUCCUUCAAGACCUUGAGGAAGACCCAGCUUACCGUGAAGGUGUGAAUAUUUACAAAGAUCGUACAAGAUUGAAAUCUGGCACUUUUACGGAUGAUCCCGAUGAAGGUCAGCCAAAGAUCAGCCUUGAAGAAAUGUUGGAUGAUUUGACGCUCAGUGAAGCAGAGGGCGAGCCUAAUGAAUGGGUUGACAUUGAUGAGGAUGAGUAGUAUGAUAAGCUUGGUGUUAAUUCAAAAUCAUAAUGUAAAGUAUUACUUGGUCGAGUCUUUCAUUCCUUUCAUACAUACAUACAUCAACAUGUAUUCAAUGUGGCUUUAUGUAUAUGGUAUAGCACACUGUUCUUGUAUAACUAGUUAUACGAAUGAAACCAAAAUUACCAAAUAAAAAGUCUACGUUAGACCAAUAUAUUACUUA